AUGGCUUAUCAGGCCACAGAUAGUGAAAUUGACUUGAAAAAAUUGGAAGAUCUUGUAGCACAUCCUGACUUUUCAAAAACCUAUGGCUUAAAAGCAAAGGAGAAACUGAAUGCUUUAAUGCCCGCAGAAAUUGAGUCUGGGAAGCAGACGGUGACAUUUAGGCACACCACAAAAGCUCAGGAGAAGACAAGAAAACGACAGCAGCCGAUAAAACUAGAGCCUCUGCCAGUGUUAAAACAAUACCAAGAUCACAAGCAGCCAGAAUACAUAUUUGAACAGAACCGGUAUCAGUUAAUGACUUAUGGAGUCCUUAAACCAUCAGCAGUGGAGAGAAGUUCUAGCAAAGCACUUUCUAUAUCAUUGGAGACUCAAGAUGCUUUGAAAAACAAGAUGCGUCAACCCUCUGAAGACCUAUACGCUCCUCCUCCUCCUAAACUGACACGUACGAAGAUUGGAAGAAGAGGUCUCUUCGGGGCCACGUCUGCUACUUAUCCUAAGUUACAUUUCCAUGACCGAGAAGAAGUUAUUAAAGCCAACAUUCGUGAUCCCUUGCAAAUCAUUAAAAUACUCCAUGAGAAUGAGCACCUUGGAUUCCUUUACAUGAUCCCUGCAGUGUCGAGGUCUUCCAUUGAAUAUGAUACAUAUAACCUAAAAAUUGUAAGUUUUGACCAUAUCAAUAAAAAUGACUACUAUACUAUUAGCCAAAAGGCAGUGAUACAUGUUUACAACGACGAUGUUGAAUUUAUUGAAAUUGAACGAUGGGAAAAGGAAUAUCAAUAUCACAAAGAACUCACUAAGAUUCCCAUAUUCGCACUUUUCCGGAAGUGGAAAGCUUUUAACGUGUGGAAGAAGAAUGUCCGCUCCAAGAAAAUUGCAGGCUGUCGGAAAUCCUUACGAAAAAACUUGUUUAUUAUUAACCCAUUUUUGAGACCAGCUCUUCUUAAAAUAAAUGAAUUAUGCUUUCAGUUAAGCUCUAUGGGACUUUGUUAUAUUGAAAAAGGUCAUACCUACACAUUGCAGGAAUUUAAAGCAGCACAAAUUGUACGACUAGGAGAGGUGACAGAGCGCCUUGAAGAAUUCCGAAAUGAAACAAAAGAGGUGGUCAGGAAGGCUUGUCGACUUGCUUUGCGUGCUGUGGGAUUUAUUCCUGAUGACUGUUUGUUUGAUCCUCAAGAGGAGAAUUUAAAAACAAAUGUUACAGGUGUUACUGAAAUGACAUUUGACUUUCCCACUUAUGGAGACUCUGAAAAAAUGACAUACACGGAACAGGCCAGCAAACGGCAUCAUUGCAUAAGACUGACAUGUUUUAUCCGUCUAAACGACUAUCUCAUUGAGAAUACUCUGCAUGUCUUAACAGUUAAUUCUGCUAACUCUCUUCUGAGCUAUCUCAUUGACAAACUAAAACGAACACCUUCAGCAGAGGUCAUUGAGAAAUGGAUUACUGAAGAGAAAGUUGAAGUCACUGACAAAAAGGCGGCCCCUGGGAUAGAAAAGCAGGAAGAAGAUGAGUCUCUCAUCCCCAUGUUCCUCACAGAACUGAUUCUGACAAUAGAGUCACUAGCCUUCGAGCCUUGUUUGGAAGACUUUCUGGAUGUUAUCUCCAAUGCAGUCAAUCAGUUUCAAAACACUGUGCUAGCAGUCCAUAAUCUCGUGCCUGAUUCAUAUUUUGAUGCUUUUACCAGCCCUUACAUUAACAACAAACUUGAAGAGAAAACCUGCGGAACUGGACCAAGCUUAGCAGAUGUAUUUGAAGAUGAUAAGUAUUUUCACACAAUUAUCUUUCAAAUAAAGGAAGCCAUUCAUGCAGCAUUUGCAUCUGCUCGCUUGUAUGCCGCGACGUUUGAAAAGUUCCAGUUAUUCUACAAGGAAAAUGAAAGUCUUGAUUUAAAUGCUCUUAAACUUCAGGAGCCUGAUGUUAAGUUCUUUAGUGAGCAACUUGAAAAAUAUCACAGAGAGCACAAGGAUGCACUCGCUCUAAAGCCCACCAGAAUUGUAGGAUUGCUGCUCAUUGACACCAAGCAACUAAAAGAAAAGCUCAUUCCAUCACCUUUGCGAUGCUUGGAGGUGUUGAAUUUAAUGCUUCCUCGUUUAAGCAAGAAAAAAGUCGAUGCCAUCAUCUCUGAGGCACAAGAUGCAGAAUACAAACUUCAGUUUAUGCCAAGUACUACCAUAGAGUAUGUUAAUAGCUUAGUGUUUCUUGAUGAAAUUCAGGAGCGGAUUGAAAGCCUUGAAGAGGAAGGAAAUACAGUGAUUAAAAUGUAUAAGCUUAUUGACCAGUAUCAGGUGGUCACACCUCCAGAAGACUUUGCUGUUUUUGCAACUAUGAAGCCAUCCAUCAUUGCUGUUCGGAAUGCCAUUGAUAAAUCAGUGGGUGACAGAGAAACAUGCAUUAAACAAUUUUGUCAGCAUUUAGGUAGAGAUCUUGAAGAACUAAACAAUGAGGUGAAUGAAAUAAAGCUACAAGCUCAGGACCCACAGAUUUUGGAUAUUUCCACUGACCCAGAAAAAAUAAAGGCCAUGUUGAGUGAUCUGCAAUACGUUCUAGAUGAUCUUCAAAAACGUGCCUUUCAGUAUAAGUCCUAUCAAAAGAAUUUCAAGGUAGAAGUGUCCAAGUUUGAUGCUUUAGAAGAAGUGUGUGCCGAGCUAAAGCUGAAACAAUUGCUCUGGGAUUCUUUAUCCGAAUGGGAUAGACUCCAGCAAGAUUGGUUACAGUCCAGAUUUGACUGCCUGGAUCCAGAACUCCUCAACAGUCAGGUUUCCAAAUAUGCUAAGUUUGUGACUCAGUUAGAGAAAGGCUUGCCACCCAACAAUGUCGUACCCCAGCUCAAAAGUAAAGUGGAAAAAAUGAAAGAAAAGCUUCCAGUUAUCGUUGACUUGAGGAACCCAACUCUGAAGGCCAGACAUUGGGCAAUGAUUGAACAGACUAUUGAUGCUCACCUGGUGGAUGUUGAAAUUCCACUAACCUUGGAGAGGCUCGCUGAAUUGCAUGUCUUUGACUUUGGCCAAGAAAUCCAGGACAUAUCUGGGCAAGCAUCUGGAGAAGCUUCCUUAGAAACGAUUCUCAAAAAAGUGGAGGAUUCGUGGAAAACAACUGAAUUUGUCAUUCUCACUCACCGUGAUGCCAAAGAUGUAUUUAUUCUGGGAGGUACAGAUGACAUACAGGUCCUUCUUGAUGACAGCACCAUCAACAUCGCAACCAUUGCCUCAUCACGUUACGUGGGUCCACUGAAGACCCGAGUGGAUGAGUGGCAGAAACAACUCACGUUAUUUAAUCAAACACUGGAAGAAUGGCUGAAUUGCCAAAGAAAUUGGCUCUAUCUGGAAAGUAUUUUUAAUGCUCCUGAUAUUCAGAGGCAACUGCCUGCUGAGGCCAAGAUGUUCCUGCAGGUGGAUAAGUCCUGGAAGGAAAUCAUGAGGAAGGUGAACAGGCUGCCUAACGCUCUUCGAGCCGCUACUCAGCCAGGGCUUCUGGAGACUUUUCAAAACAAUAAUGCAUUACUUGACCAAAUUCAGAAGUGUCUAGAAGCAUAUUUAGAAUCAAAAAGAGUUAUCUUCCCAAGAUUUUACUUCUUGUCAAAUGAUGAACUUUUGGAGAUUUUGGCCCAGACACGAAACCCCCAGGCUGUGCAGCCCCACUUGCGGAAAUGCUUUGACUCCAUUUCAAGGCUCGAGUUUGCACUCAUGCCUCCUACUGAAGGGAAAAUUCCUGGCAUUGAUACAGAGCCAGAGAAGGUUUAUACUAAUGAUAUUUUGGCCAUGCUGUCACCAGAGGGAGAAAGGGUUGGCUUGGGAAAAGGCCUCAAGGCCCGAGGCAAUGUGGAAGAAUGGCUGGGUAAAGUGGAAGAAGCCAUGUUCUCAUCUCUGCGUCGCCUGUGCAAAGCUGCCAUGGCUGACUACCAGGGGAAACUGAGGACAGAAUGGGUGAUCGCUGGCCAUGCUUCACAGGUCAUUCUGACCAUUUCUCAAAUCAUGUGGUGCCGUGAUUUGACGGAGUGUCUACAAACAGAAGAGCAGAAUCAUUUAGAGGCCCUGGAAGCCUUUGAAAAAGUCAAUUUUGAGAGAUUAAAUGCCCUGGCUGCACUAGUUCGAGGCAGUCUUCCUAAAAUACACAGAAACAUUAUAACUGCACUGAUUACCAUCGAUGUGCAUGCAAGAGAUAUAGUCACUGAACUUGUGCAAGCCAAGGUAGACACAGUCGACUCCUUUGACUGGCAGAGGCAACUGCGCUAUUACUGGGAUGUUGACUUGGAUAAUUGCGUAGCUAGAAUGGCACUUUCUCAGUACACUUAUGGCUAUGAAUAUUUGGGAGCCUGUCCAAGACUAGUUAUUACUCCUCUCACGGAUCGCUGCUAUCUUUGCCUCAUGGGGGCCCUGCAGCUUGACCUAGGGGGUGCACCGGCUGGUCCUGCUGGCACUGGGAAAACAGAGACCACCAAAGACCUAGCAAAGGCUCUGGCCAUCCAAUGCGUGGUCUUCAAUUGUUCUGAUGGCUUGGACUACAAGAUGAUGGGGCGCUUCUUCAGUGGCUUGGCACAGUCUGGGGCCUGGUGCUGCUUUGAUGAAUUUAAUCGAAUUGACAUUGAAGUUUUGUCAGUUAUCGCUCAGCAACUUAUCACCAUCAGAAAUGCCAAAGCCGCAAAGCUCUUCAGAUUCAUGUUUGAGGGGCGGGAAAUAAAGCUGAUCAUGACUUGUGCAGCCUUUAUCACAAUGAAUCCUGGAUAUGCAGGCAGAACCGAAUUGCCAGAUAAUUUGAAAGCCCUGUUUAGACCAUUUGCGAUGAUGGUGCCAAAUUAUGCUUUAAUUGCAGAGGUAAUUCUAUAUUCUGAAGGAUUUGAAUCGAGUAAAGUAUUAGCACGAAAGAUGACUCAGAUGUACAAGCUCUGCAGUGAACAGCUGUCUCAGCAGGAUCAUUAUGACUUUGGCAUGAGAGCUGUAAAGUCUGUACUGGUCAUGGCUGGAUCUUUAAAAAGAGAGAACCCAGACCUAAGCGAAGACGUGGUACUGAUAAGAGCUUUGCGAGACUCCAACUUGCCAAAAUUUCUAACAGAUGAUGCUCUUCUGUUCAGUGGAAUCAUAUCUGAUCUCUUCCCUGGAGUCCAAAUUCCAGAACAUGAUUAUGGUAUUUUACAGUCAACAAUUGUGGAUGUCAUGAAUGAACAAAACCUUCAGCCUGAGAUGUGUAUGGUUAAAAAAGUGAUACAGUUCUAUGAGACUAUGCUUGUGAGGCAUGGUGUUAUGUUAGUUGGGCCAACAGGAGGUGGUAAGACCACAGUUUACCAAGUCCUGGCAGAAACCUUAGGGAAUUUACAGAAACUUGGGCUAAGCAAUCCCUUUUAUCAAGCAGUGAAAACUUACGUUCUUAAUCCUAAAUCAAUCACGAUGGGUGAAUUAUAUGGUGAAGUAAAUAACAUAACCUUGGAAUGGAAAGAUGGUUUGAUGGCCUUAAGUGUGAGAGCAGCUGUAAAUGAUACUUCAGAAGACCACAAAUGGAUCAUAAGUGAUGGACCAGUGGAUGCUCUUUGGAUUGAAAAUAUGAAUACAGUAUUAGAUGAUAACAAGAUGCUUUGCCUGGCUAACAGUGAAAGAAUUAAGCUCACACCUCAAAUCCACAUGCUGUUUGAGGUACAAGAUCUAAAGGUAGCCUCUCCUGCAACAGUCAGUCGAUGCGGAAUGGUGUUUGUGGAUCCUGAAGAACUGAAAUGGAUGCCUUAUGUGAAAACAUGGAUGAAAGGUAUUUCUAACAAAUUGAAUGAGGAAACUCAAGAAUACUUACUGAACCUUUUCCAACGUUAUGUGGAAGAUGGGUUACAUUUUGUCAAUAAAAAGUGCACCCAGGCCAUCCCACAAGUGGACAUCAGCAAAGUUACAACGCUCUGCUGCCUGUUGGAGUCUCUGUUGUUUGGCAAAGAUGGAUGUAACUUGGCAAUGGAGCAAAUGAAACUGAACUCUUUGAUAUGUCAGACUUUUGUAUUCUGUUAUUUAUGGUCUUUGGGUGGAAACUUAACUGAAAACUAUUCAGAUUCUUUUGAUACAUUUAUUAGAACACAAUUUGAAGAUAAUCCUGAUGCCAGGCUGCCCAGUUCCGGUGACCUGUGGAGCAUUCACGUGGACUUUGAAACCAAGCGGAUGGAUCCUUGGGAACGAAUCAUACCCGCCUUCAAAUACAGUCGGGACGUUCCAUUCUUUGAAAUGCUUGUCCCCACAACUGACACAGUGCGCUAUGGGUAUUUAAUGGAAAAACUACUGGCCGUUAAGCAUUCCGUGUUGUUCACUGGCAUCACUGGAGUGGGCAAGUCUGUUAUUGCAAAAGGAUUGCUAAAUAGAAUUCAAGAAUCUGCUGGCUAUGUCCCUGUUUAUCUAAAUUUUUCUGCUCAAACGUCAUCUGUAAGGACACAAGAGAUCAUUGAGUCAAAACUGGAAAGAAAACGGAAAAAUAUUCUAGGAGCACCAGGAAACAAACAAGUUGUGAUAUUUGUUGAUGAUUUAAACAUGCCCAGACUAGAUCGCUAUGGCUCUCAGCCUCCAAUUGAAUUACUUCGACAGUAUCAAGAUUUUGGUGGAUUUUAUGACAGAAACAAACUUUUUUGGAAAGAAAUACAGGAUGUGACCAUCGUGUCCGCCUGUGCGCCUCCAGGAGGCGGCCGCAACCCCGUGACGCCCCGCUUCAUCCGGCACUUCAGCAUGCUGUGUCUCCCCAUGCCCUCAGAGCACAGCCUGAAACAGAUUUUUCAGGCCAUCUUAAAUGGCUUUCUGAGUGACUUCCCACCAGCUGUAAAGCAAACUGCAUCAAACAUUGUAGAAGCUGCAGUUGAAAUUUAUAACAGGAUGAGCGUUGAUCUCCUACCAACACCAGCCAAGUCCCACUAUGUCUUUAACUUGAGGGAUUUAUCCAAAUGUGUGCAAGGUAUUCUUCAGUGUGAUUCAGGAACAAUAAGAGAAGAAAUGCAGAUAUUCCGACUCUUUUGCCACGAAUGCCAAAGAGUAUUCCAUGAUCGUUUGAUUAAUAAUGAAGACAAGCACUACUUCCAUGUUAUCUUGACAGAAAUGGCCAACAAACAUUUUGGAAUUUCAAUUGAGCUGGACUAUUUUUUAACCAAGCCCAUCAUAUUUGGAGAUUUCAUUAAGUUUGGAGCAGAUAAAGAGGAUCGAAUUUAUGAAGAUUUACCUGAUAUGGAAAAAAUCUCAAAUGUUCUACAGGACUACCUUGAUGAUUAUAACCUCAUAAACCCUAAAGAAGUAAAGUUGGUGUUUUUCCAGGAUGCUAUAGAACAUGUUUCAAGAAUUGCCAGGAUGAUCCGCCAAGAAAGAGGGAACGCCCUGUUAGUGGGAGUAGGAGGCACAGGAAAGCAAUCUCUCACCAGACUCGCAGCUCACAUAUGUGGUUACAAAUGCAUGCAGAUCGAACUCAGCCGGGGAUAUAAUUAUGACACUUUUCAUGAAGACCUGAGGAAGUUGUACAAAAUGGCUGGUAUAGAAGACAAAGAUAUGGUUUUCCUUUUCACCGACACCCAGAUCGUAGUGGAGGAGUUCCUAGAAGACAUAAAUAACAUUCUGAAUUCGGGUGAAGUGCCUAAUUUAUUUGAAAAAGAUGAACUGGAACACGCUUUAGCAGCCACCAGACCAAAAGCAAAAGAAGCUGGAAUUCCCGAGGGGAACAGAGAUGAGGUGUUCCAAUACUUUAUCAGCAGAGUCCGUCAGAAGCUACACAUUGUUCUCUGCAUGAGCCCGGUUGGGGAGGCCUUUCGUUCCCGAUGCCGGAUGUUUCCAUCCCUUGUGAACUGCUGCACCAUUGACUGGUUUGUCCAAUGGCCCAGGGAAGCGCUUCUUUCUGUGUCAAAGACGUUUUUCUUAUCUGUUGACACGGGUAGUGAAGAACUGAAAGAAAGGCUUUCCCUCAUGUGCGUGAACGUUCACUUGAGCGUCUCCCAGCUCGCAGACCGCUAUUACGCCGAGCUCCGCCGGCGGUACUACACGACCCCCACCUCCUACCUGGAGCUCAUCAACCUCUACCUGUCGAUGCUCACUGAGAAAAGGAAGCAGCUGGUCACAGCAAAAGAUCGGGUGAAAAAUGGUCUCACCAAGCUACUAGAAACAAAUGUACUAGUAGAUAAAAUGAAAUUAGAGCUUUCAGCUUUAGAACCUGUGCUUAUAGCAAAAUCUCAAGAUGUUGAAGCUCUAAUGGAAAAAUUGGCAAUAGAUCAAGAAAACGCUGAUCAGGUCCGUAGUGUUGUGCAGGAAGAUCAAGCAACAGCAAAAGUGAAAGCAGAAGAAACCCAAGCAAUAGCAGACGAUGCUCAAAGAGAUCUUGAAGAAGCACUGCCUGCCCUGGAUGCUGCCAAUAGGGCACUGGAUUCCUUGGACAAGGCAGAUAUAUCUGAGAUCCGAGUUUUCACCAAGCCCCCAGAUUUGGUCAUGACUGUGAUGGAAGCCAUCUCCAUUCUCUUAAAUGCCAAACCUGAUUGGCCAACAGCAAAGCAACUUCUUGGGGAUUCUAACUUUCUGAAAAGGCUUUUAGACUAUGAUAAGGAAAACAUAAAGCCUCAGAUCUUGGCAAAACUUCAGAAGUAUAUUAAUAAUCCUGACUUUGUACCUGAAAAAGUAGAGAAAGUGUCCAAAGCAUGUAAGUCCAUGUGUAUGUGGGUACGAGCAAUGGAUUUGUACUCACGCGUAGUCAAGAUAGUUGAACCAAAGAGACAAAAACUUCGAGCGGCACAGGCUGAACUUGAUGUUACAAUGGCUACCCUGAAAGAAAAGCAAGCAUUGCUGAAACAAGUAGAAGAUCAAAUACAGGCCUUACAAGACAAGUAUGAAAGAAGCAUAAAUGAAAAAGAACGUCUAUGUAAGAACAUGGCCCUGACAAAUGCUCGCCUAAUACGUGCCGGAAAGCUGACAGCUGCAUUAGGAGAUGAGCAGGUCCGAUGGGAAGAAAGCAUACAAAAAUAUGAGGAGGAACUAUCAAACAUCAUUGGGAAUGUGUUCAUAGCUGCAGCCUGUGUGGCUUAUUACGGGGCUUUCACGGCUCAGUACAGGCAAUCGCUUAUAGAAUACUGGACUGCGGACUGCCAGCAACUGGAGAUCCCAAUUGAUCCUGCCUUCAGUCUCAUUAACAUCCUCGGAGAUCCCUAUGAAAUAAGGCAGUGGAACACAGAUGGACUGCCUCGUGAUGUGACAUCCACAGAAAAUGGCAUUUUGGUUACUCAAGGGAGACGGUGGCCUCUGAUGAUUGACCCCCAGGAUCAGGCCAACCGUUGGAUAAGGAACAAGGAAAGCAAAAGUGGGUUAAAGAUCAUUAAACUUACAGAUAGUAAUUUCUUGAGAUUACUUGAAAAUUCCAUUCGACUUGGUUUACCUGUCUUACUGGAAGAGCUCAAAGAAACCCUGGAUCCCGCUCUAGAACCUAUUCUUUUGAAACAGACAUUCAUCAGUGGUGGGAGACUACUGAUUCGUCUCGGAGACUCAGACAUUGAUUACGAUAAAAACUUCCGGUUCUAUAUGACCACCAAGAUGCCAAAUCCCCAUUACCUGCCUGAGGUAUGCAUUAAAGUCACCAUCAUCAAUUUCACUGUAACCAAAUCAGGCCUGGAGGACCAGUUGUUAAGUGAUGUUGUGCGACUUGAAAAACCUGACUUGGAAGAACAAAGAAUCCAGCUCAUUGUGAGGAUCAACAGUGACAAAAACCAGCUGAAAGCUAUUGAAGAGAAGAUUCUGAGGCUGCUCUUUCAGUCUGAAGGAAAUAUUCUGGACAAUGAGGAACUUAUUGAUACCCUCCAGGAGUCAAAGAUCACUUCUGGUGCCAUUAAAAUCAGGCUGAAAGAAGCAGAAGCCACGGAGCUGAUGAUCAAUGUGGCCCGGGAGAAGUAUCGUCCAGUAGCCACUCAAGGCUCCGUGAUGUACUUUGUCAUUGCAAGCCUCUCAGAAAUAGAUCCUAUGUAUCAGUAUUCAUUGAAGUACUUUAAACAGUUAUUCAAUACAACAAUCGAAACCUCAACAAAGACAGAUGACCUACAGCUACGCUUGAACAUACUCCUGGAACAAACGCUCCUGACUGCCUACGUCAAUGUUUCCAGGGGGCUGUUUGAACAGCAUAAGCUCAUCUACAGCUUCAUGCUCUGUGUGGACAUCAUGCGUCAGCAUGGAUUAGUAACCGAAGCCGAAUGGAAUUUCUUCCUGCGAGGCUCUGCAGGGAUGGAAAAGGAGCGGCCUCCUAAACCGGAAGUGCCCUGGCUACUUCCUGCCAUGUGGUUUGCAUGCUGUGACUUGGAAGAAUCAUUUCCAGUUUUUCAAGGCCUCACAGAAGAUUUGCUAAUCAAUCCCAUUUCCAUAGUCUUAGGAAAUUUUGAGACUUUUAUUAACCCAGAGUAUUGGGAAGGCUAUCCUGAAGUGAAUCUAGAAGAUGAAAAUGAUGCUAUAGAGUCAUCUUGGAAUUCUGAGUUGAGCUCUUUCCACAAACUAAUUCUCAUUAAAUGUUGUAAAGAAGAAAAGGUGGUUUUUGCUCUUACAGACUUUGUGAUAGAGAACCUUGGGAAGCAGUUUAUAGAGACGCCACCCGUGGACUUGGCUACUCUGUAUCAGGACAUGUCGAGCUCCACGCCCCUGGUGUUCAUCCUAAGCACGGGCUCAGAUCCCAUGGGCGCGUUCCAGAGAUUCGCCCGCGAAAGUGGCUAUUCCGAGCGAGUGCAGUCAAUUUCACUGGGACAAGGACAAGGACCCAUUGCUGAGAAAAUGAUCAAGGAUGCCAUGAAAACAGGAAACUGGGUGUUUUUGCAGAACUGCCAUCUCGCUGUUUCUUGGAUGCUGGCAAUGGAAGAGCUCAUCAAAACCUUCACAGACCCAAAGUCUGUUAUCAAAGACACUUUCCGACUGUUUCUAAGCUCCAUGCCUAGUAGUACAUUUCCUGUUACAGUGCUUCAGAAUUCGGUCAAGGUGACCAACGAACCUCCAAAAGGCUUACGUGCAAAUAUCAGGCGAGCAUUUACUGAAAUGUCAUCUUCAUUUUUUGAGGAAAAUAUACUUGGGAGAAAAUGGAGGCAAAUAGUGUUUGGCAUUUGCUUCUUCCAUGCAAUUAUUCAGGAGAGAAAGAAGUUUGGCCCCCUUGGUUGGAAUAUCUGCUAUGAAUUUAACGACAGUGACCGAGAAUGUGCUUUACUGAAUCUCAACCUGUACUGUCAAGAAGGAAAGAUUCCCUGGGAUGCACUAAUUUACAUUACCGGUGAAAUCACAUACGGUGGUAGAGUGACAGACACCUGGGAUCAAAGAUGCCUCCGUACUGUCUUGAAGAGAUUUUUCUCUCCUGAAACAUUACAUUCUCAAUAUAAAUACUCUGAAUCAGGCAUCUACUUUGCACCCCUGGCUGACAGUCUACAAGAGUUUAAGGACUACAUUGAAAAUCUGCCUUUGAUAGAUGACCCAGAGAUUUUUGGAAUGCAUGAAAAUGCCAACCUUGUUUUCCAGUAUAAAGAGACCAACACUUUGAUCAAUACUGUACUGGAGAUCCAGCCAAGAUCAUCUUCUGGUGGAGAGGGAAAAAGCAAUGAUGAAAUUGUCCAAGAACUUGUGGCUUCUAUCCAGUCUAGAGUUCCAGAGGUGCUGCAGAUGGAGGGCGCUGUUGAAAGCCUUUUUGUCAAGGAUCCUCAAGGACGCCUGGACUCCUUGACCACCGUUCUUGGCCAAGAAGUGGACCGGUUUAACAACCUGCUGAAGUUAAUACAUAUUUCUCUACAAACACUAGACAAGGCCAUUGCUGGGCUUGUGGUGAUGUCUGAAGAAAUGGAAAAGGUUUAUAACAGUUUCCUCAACAACCAGGUCCCUUCUCUGUGGUCCAACUCAGCCUACCCAUCCUUGAAACCACUGGGAUCAUGGGUCAAAGAUCUUAUUCUGAGAACUGCAUUUCUGGAUUUGUGGCUCAAGAGAGGACAGCCGAAGUCCUUUUGGAUCUCAGGUUUCUUCUUUCCUCAAGGAUUUCUAACAGGAACUCUUCAAAACCAUGCUCGGAAAUACAAUUUGCCAAUAGAUGAGCUGAGUUUCCAGUAUAACUUGAUUCCCACCUACCGGGAUCAAGCUGCAGUAAUAGAGGCUGCCAAGAUGGUGCAGUUUGGAGAGGAAUUACCCAUGGACCUAGAGCUGCCUACUCCUGAGGAUGGUGUUCUUGUUCACGGGAUGUUCAUGGAUGCUUCUCGAUGGGAUGAUGAUGACAUGGUCAUAGAAGAUGCACUGCCAGGACAGAUGAAUCCAAUGUUGCCUGUAUUGCAUUUUGAACCACGACUAAAUUACGAACCAAGACCAAGUCUUUACCACUCCCCACUCUAUAAAACAGGGGCCCGCGCAGGAACACUGUCCACCACAGGUCAUUCCACUAACUUCGUGGUGACAGUCCUCUUACCAUCCAACCGCCCCAGCGACUACUGGAUUGCCAAGGGGUCAGCUCUGCUCUGCCAGCUGAGUGAGUGA